AUGUUGCCUGGAGAAUAUAAAUAUUUGAGCAUUAUAGCGAGAACCUGGAAUGAAGUCUAUAUGGCUGAAAAUGUAAUAUCGAAACAAAAAUGCUGCAUCAAACAAGUUUUGAUUGAUUCCUCGUUAAAAGAACGGUUUUCAUUAGAAAUUUAGAUUCUGCAAAAAAUAAAGACAAGUCCUCAUCCUAAUAUUAUUGCAUUUGAAGAUAGCUUCUACUAUGAGAAGGUUACAACAUAGGACAAAUCUAUCACUUUUGGGUGUAUUGUGAUGGAAUUGGGAAUCACUAAUUUAUCUCAAUACAUUAAGUCUAAGAAGCAGUCUGAUCCUGAUUUUAAAUUCAAAGAGUAAGAUGUGGCAAAUUUUUAUGUCUCCAUGAUCAAGGCACAUACACAUCUUUAAGAGAUGAAGAUUGCUCAUAGAGACAUUAAACCUGAAAAUAUUAUACUCGUAAAUGACGAGAACUUGAUCUUUAAAGUUUGCGAUGUGGGUUUUGGUACAGAAAUUAUUGAUGAAGAAUCGAGAUCUCGUACUAUUGGAGGGACCAUCGGAUAUCAAUCUCCAGAAAUCUAUGCAGCAUUUAAGAGAAGAAAACCUUAAGCUAAGUACAACCCAUAUAAGAGCGAUGUUUUCUCGUUGGGGUUGGUAUUUCUUUUGUUUGCCACCACACAAGUAAUCAGUAAAUAGGUAAAUGAUGAGCCUUAAAUUUAUUAGCAAAGAGAGGAGUUAUUUGACGACGAGAGGAAGUUGACUAAUUAUUUGAAGGUGUUGAGGAGAAAGAUUAAGGAGACUUAUCCUCGGAUCAAGGGGAUAUCAAAGAUUCUAAAACUAAUGUUGGAAGUGUCACCAGAUGAACGAUAUGACUUCAUCUAAUUGAAUGAAAUAAUUCAUGAGAGAUCGUAUCUCGAAGUAAAAUAGCCUGCCAAGAUCAAUCACCAGCAUUUACAGUCAAUAACUCAAUUUGAGAAGUUUUAAUUAGAUAUUUAGAAUCAGGAGGAUGUGUAAUUAGAUUUGAAUGGGAUGCAGAAUAAAUCGCAGGAGGAGUAGCUGAAGGUUCUGGAGGCUAUUGCUCAAUAAGUGAAAAACUUUUAGAUGGUCACUUUGCAAAUAAAAUUGGAGAUGAGUAAUUUAAGUGUAAAAACUGUGGCUCCAUUGGAGAAGAUCUUGAGCAGGGCUUUGAAUUUGAAGGAGUUAUCAUUGCAAUUUUGGAAUAACAGAUUAGGGAAUUUGGGUUUGUUGAUGUUGUCAAAGGCAAUAAUGAAGAUGGUGGGUCUGAAGAGGUUAAACUUAGAAGUGUCGAGCAAUAUGCUCUCAGAUGAAGGGAUAAAUAAUUCAUUGCCUCUUCUGGAGAAUUUGGUAUAAAUGGAAGAACUGCGUUUGGAUUUUGGAUUAAACCAUCUUCCUAUUGAAUGUUGUGAAGCCUUUUUUACAGUGAUUUGUGCAAUGCCAAAGUUGAAGAAGUUGGACCUGAAUUUGGAGAGCAAUUACAUGAAUCAAUUGUUGUCAAGGAUGGUCAAUCAAUCGCUUAAGAAAUUGCCGAAUUUGAGUCAUUUGGUCAUCAACUUUUCAAACAACCCAUUACAAAAUGAGGGAUUUUAUGAAUUGGGAGAGGGUAUAUAGGGGUUGGAGUAUUGUGAGUUGAUUUUGUGGAGUUGUUAAAUAAAGGAUUUGGGUAUGGAGGAGUUUGCGAAGGAGUUGUCGAAAUGUCAGAAGUUGAAACAAUUGAAUUUGAUAUUGUGGAAUAAUUCGAUUACGAAGAGAGGUUGCGAAGCUUUGGGAUAGGCAUUGUUGAAGUUGCCCAACCUUAGUGUGUUGGUGAUUGACUUAUCGAAGAAUAGGAUCGAAGAUGAUGGUGUAAGGUUUUUGGCAAAGGCAAUUCAUGAGAUGAAGCAGUCUUUGAGGGAACUGAAGCUUUGGAUUGAAAGUAUGAUGGAUUAAUCAUUAUACAAGUGUUAAUUGUACUUGUUAUGGGUUGAGAUAUGUGAAUAGAUUUCUGACGAGUCAGAAGAAAUUGCGGAGUAUAAAUUUGAACUUUAGAUCCAAUCAGAUAGGAUUGAAUGGUAUGGAGUUAUUGUAUAAUUGUUUUGGAGAAGCAGGGCAAUUGGUGGAAGUGAAGAUGAUUUUGGAUCACAAUCCAUUAGGCGAGAAAGGAGUGGAUACUUUAUUUUAGGGAUUGCAGAAGUUGAAAGAGUUGCAGAAGUUGAUUUUGAGUUUGGAGAGCGUCAAGGGCACAGGGGGUUCGGUUACUGUGAUGCUUCAGUCGAUAAGGUCGUGGACAGGGUUGAAGGAGAUGCACGUGAAUUUCUUAAAGUAAAAAUGCAGUUGUUGAAUGUUAGAAAUCAAACAGAUUGGGGUGACGAAUUGAAUUUGAGAAACAGAUUGUUGGAGGUGUAGUCGACAGCCAAGAUUAACAUUGAAUUAAAGUUUAUAAAUUAAUAUACUCAAACAGACAUUAGUUGUUUUGAGCAAAAAAAUGAAUAUUCGUAAACAAUUAAUCAUGAUUUUGAAUAAGCACUGCAAUUGUAAGGCAAUCCCAGAUUGAGUUAAAUUAAAGAUCAGUUUUUGCAAUUGUAAGACAUCUACCCUUAUGAUAUUCAUCUGAUUUACGAGAAAGAGGAUUCAAUUCAAUUUCAAUUAGACCUAAAGAGUUUUUUGGAUGAACAAUCAACAUUUUAAAUUGUACUCCUUGUCAAAGGACCAGUGUUUACAAUAGAUGUGUUGUUUCAUUCUUCCUUCCUUGACCAAGAGAAAUAAUAAAUUCUUACCAUAGUGUCUGUUUGCACUAUCAACAAUUUGAUGGAAACCAUUAUUUAGAUAGAAACCAAACUGACCGAACUCGACAAAGAAUUUAUACAGAGAAGAACACAAAACUAAUACAAGUUUAGCAGUAGCAAUUAAUAAAUAGAAUUAUAUCCUGAAAUUUAAAUUACCAGAGGAAUCUCAAAUACUUUUGGAAACACAAGCGAAGAUUAAGACAUGAGGUAAUCCAUUCUCGGUUUCAACACACUCAAAGAUGAUCUUGUAGAGAAGUAUGACAAAUCGGAACAGCAAUUCUAACCCAUCUCACAAUCAAUUCCUGUUGACCAACUCUGUCAAUUACAGGCAUGUAGUUUCUCUAGAUUUCAAUAAGACUUCGAUGAAAUUGAACUUAUUGGAAGUGGAGGAUUCGGCAAAGUGUUCAAAUCAAGAAAUAAAUUCGAUGGAAAUUAUUACGCCUUAAAGAGAAUAGUCCUGGAUUACUCAGAUAAGAAAUUAACUGAAAAGACCAAGAAUGAGGCUGUACUAUUGUCGAGAAUCCAACACCCUAACAUUGUGAGGUAUUAUUAGGCCUGGACUGAGGAGUAUGUCAAGGAUGAAUAUGAAAAUAUUGAAGACGAUGAGAAAUACGAUGAAGAAAGUGAAGAUGAGUCAGAGUAUGAUGAUCCACAUUAAGUAAGAAAGGAAAGCAGUUCCAUUUAAGAAUAUUAGGAUGAUGAUCCGAUCUUUGAUUAUCAAGAUGGUCCUGAUGUUGAUUUUCAAAUUGAGUGGUUGAAUUGUGAUCAACAAAAUCAAGAGGAAUCUCUUCAAACUCCAAAGGUCAAACCUCAUUAACCAAGGUAGAAUUGCAAUAAACAAUUGUUGUAUAUUUAGAUGGAGUAUUGUAAAGGGGAUACUCUAAAAAAGAAAAUAGAUGAUUGCAAUUUAACAUCCGAUAAACGUAAGAAGAUUAUUCGACAAAUCUUAGAUGCAUUGCAUUAUCUACAUAAAAAUAAUAUCAUUCAUAGAGAUUUGAAACCUUAAAACAUCUUUCUAGACGGAGAUUUGAAUGUCAAAUUGGGUGAUUUUGGUUUAGCCACUGAAAUGAAACAAGAAAUCAAGUUUUAUGAUCAAAAAAUUAUGAGAACCUCAACCAAUAGACUCUCUUUGACUUCGGGUGUUGGCACCUUCCUAUAUUUGGCACCUGAAUAAGAGCAAAGGCAGUAUGAUUCAAAGGUUGAUAUUUACUCAUUGGGCAUCAUCCUAUUUGAGAUGUAUUAUCCAUUCAAAACAGACAUGGAGAGAAUCAAUUACAUCACUCAAUUGAGAGACUAAUGUAAAUUUCCUAAAGAUUUCGAUUAGAAGGUCGAUAAGAUAGACAUAGAAAUAAGAGAGAAGAUAGCUAGUCUAGUCGACAAGGAUCCUCAAAAGCGUCCUGCUACUUAGAGUCUCCUUAAUGAGUACAAAGACAAAAGAGUUUAACAAGUGAUUAGAUCAAUUGCUAAUCCAAAUUGCCCUGAUUUCAAUGAGUUAGUUUCAACUCUCUUUGAAUGCAAACAAUUAAGAUAAUAAAACAAUCUGUUUACUUCCUGUUUGGAGGAAGCCAUAAGCAAGAGUCCUGAGUCAUUUUUUAGCAAUUUUUUAUCAGGUAUUUUAGAAUUGUUUGCAAGAGUUGAAAAGAUAUUUAAACUUAGAGGAGCCUUUUAAUUGGAUCUUAAUCCUCUUAUUCCCACUUAAAAUACACUGAAAUAUUUAUCCAUAUUUGGUCAGAUAGAGGAAUUGAUUACUCAAUCUGGAGAAUUGGUUUAAUAUUGUCAGAAUCUGCUGUAACCCAUGAUUUAAUUGCUGAAGAUCCUUCCACUUAAAAAUUUCAGAAGAUAUACUCUAGGUGAAGUGUAGCAUUCUGAUAGGCCUCAACUCUCAAAACACAAUUGUGUUGCAUAUGAAAUCAUUUCAGAACAGGAUCCCGGUCCAAUCAAACUCGUUGAAUUACUAAGCAUCUCCAGAGAUGUGAUCAAUUAAUUUUAAAAUGCAGGUCAUUUUGAGUUGAGGAUCAGUCAUACCCAUUUCUUGGAGUUAGCUCUAUUAGAAUUAGGGUUCAGUUCCUAAAUGGUCAUACGAAUGUUAAGACAUUAAAGUAUCUUACAAAAGAUAGCAAGGCUGAAUUCAAUGGUAAAUCGAAACCAAUAAUUCUUUGAUUUAGAGAAUGAUAUUUCGAAGGUUUUGAGUGAAGAAUUCAAUUUUACAAAGAGUUAGAUAGAUAGAUUCUUGAAAUUAAUGACUUUGAAAUUACCUAAGAGUUAUACAAAUGAGAUCCAUCAUUCGUCAUCAUUGCGUGAUAGUGGAAAAAAGACACUCGAACAUGGACCUGGACAUAAAAAGCGUACAUUAAGAGAAGAGUUGAAGGGUUACUUUACAAGUUUUGAAUCAAGAUUCAAGGAUAUAAUUAAUGAAAUUGAAAAAUUUGAAGAACUUGUUCAGGAUACUAGAAUACUGUGUGAUCUUGAAGUAAUUUAUUAAUUCUUCUAAUUGAAUGAACUUUCAUGUUAUUAUUCUGGAAUCUGUUUCGAGUUUGUAGAGGUUACAAGGGAAUAGAGUAAUGUAAUUAGGAAUUUUGAAUAGGAUGUUAUGCAAUCGCGAUCAGAACCUGUUCAGAAGACCAAUUAUCAGAGGAGACAUCAAAAGAGUAAUAUAGAUUCUUUUAUUAUUGGGGGCAAUUACAGUCAUUACUUGAAUAAUAAAGCUACUAACAAAAAUGCUUGUGGGAUUCAAAUCUAUUUGGAUUAGUUCUAUUAUCGAAAGUUAAAUGAUCAUCAAAACAUCAGUAUUUCCAGUAAACCAAUGGCUAGGUUUGAUCUAUUCAAUUGGCCUGAUUGUUUAACCAACAUUAAGAGUCUCACACUGAAUGUGUUGAUUGUGGUGGAAGAGUUGUGGAUUAAACAAGCUCAGGAAUUAGCAGUUCAAUUUUGGAAGAGUAGAAUAUCUGCUAUGAUCGUAAACAAUAAGAAUUUCAAGAACUUAGCUUUGAGUUACAAGAGCGACUUGGAAAUAAAAUCUAGUCAAAAUAAGAGGACAAAUGAAGUGAAGUGGUCUAUUAGGAAGUUCAAAGAUAAAGAGGAGGACGUGUUGUUCUAGGAUAUUUUCAAUAAGAUUGUAAGUUAUUUGUUAGAAGUCGGGAGGAUGGAAGGAACGGAGAAUAAAUUAAUCAAGAAGGCAUAGUCAAAGUAGAAAUGA